AUGUUUCAUCCACAUAUAUUAGACACCCCAGCUGUGAUUUUUGACAAUGGAUCUGGACUGUGCAAAGCAGGACUCUCUGGAGAGUUUGGACCCCGUCACAUCAUCAGCUCUGUUGUGGGGCAUCCGAAAUUGAAGACGUCUUUGGCAGGAGCCAAUCAGAAGAACCACUUCUUGGGAGAAGAAGCCCUAUGCAAGUGUGAACCCCUACAUCUGCACUACCCCAUUGAACGUGGCCUGGUCAUGGGCUGGGACGACAUGGAGAAGCUCUGGCAACACCUUUUCGAGUGGGAGCUGGGCGUGAAACCCAACAACCAGCCCGUGCUCAUGACCGAGCCCUCCUUGAACCCAAGGGAAAUUCGCGAGAAAAUGGCGGAGGUAAUGUUUGAGACCUUCAAUGUGCCUGCCUUCUAUCUGUGCAACCAUGCGGUGGCAGCACUCUAUGCCUCUGCCUGUGUCACAGGCCUGGUGGUGGACAGUGGGGAUGGGGUCACUUGCACUGUCCCCGUCUUUGAGGGUUACUCCCUGCCUCAUGCCGUCACCAAGCUCUAUGUGGCGGGAAGGGACCUCACAGAGCACCUCACCCGGCUCCUCCUGGCCAGUGGGCAUACUCAACUCUGCAUACUCAAUAGGGGUGUGGUGGGUGACAUUAAAGAGAAUUUGUGCUACGUGGCCUUCGAUCCAGAGAAGGAGCAAAACAAGAGGCCAGAAGAAGUCCUGAGAGAAUACAAACUGCCUGAUGAAACUGUCAUCUGCAUCAAGGACCAGCUGUACCAGGUGCCCGAGGUCCUCUUUGCUCCUGAUCAGCUGGGUAUCCAUAGCCCCGGGCUGGCGAAAAUGGUCACCACCAGUAUCAUGAAGUGUGACAUCGACAUCCAGAUGAGGCUUUUCACCGAGAUUGUGCUGGCCGGGGGCACCACUCUGUUCCCUGGGUUUGAGGAACGCCUCAUGAAAGAGCUGGAACUGCUGGCUUUGGAAGGGACCCCCAUCAAGAUCACUGCUUCUCCUGACAGGUGCUUCUCUGGGUGGAUUGGCGCAUCUGUUAUGACCUCUCUUAGCACUUUCAAGCAAAUGUGGGUCACCUCUGCCGAUUUCAAGGAGUUUGGGCCAUUUGUAGUCCAAAGAAAGUGCUUUUAG